AUGUUGCAAGCAUACUUAGCAGGGGACGACCUCGUCCUCCAUGUAGGUGGAGGCAAUCGUGACACAGAUUGCUACUCCUUGCAGGUGCUUAACCUUGUCGAUGUAAAAGUGGAUGUCCCCGCAAAGAUCGACGACAAACCAGCGUUACUCCGCGAGUACUCCAUUAAACCGUCGCUCAAGGAGCUUGACUCCAAGACACACAAAUGUUUGCUGGAGCUAAAAGUCUUGAUCAAGAUUAACAACCCGUUACCCAUUCACUUUGAUCUCUAUGGGAUCGAGCUCGAUCUCCUGUACGAGAAGGACUCGUCGAAAGUCCAUUCGAGUCCGAAGUUCCUCAUCCACAUAAACAACACUACACACGUAUCGUGGUUGUCGCAUGAAGAGAACAGUAUCGUGCUGGACACAGCAGUGCACGACUUCGACACCUGUCUCGAGGUGGUGGGGUUUUAUCUGCACGACCAGCUGACUUUCGACAUCCAGCAUGGCCACAUUUCCAUGGGUGCCGGUAGCGGAAACUUCAGCAUCCCAUUCUCGCUAUUUCGCGUCUAUACAUCCAAAGGCAGUAUGGGCGCCUCGUUCUCGCGAUGCUUGUGUCUUGGUGUGGGUGUGGCAUACCCCAUGUACGCGAGCUUUAAGGCGCUGGAGCGGCCUGAAAGUGGCCACGACGAGAAGCAGUGGCUCACUUAUUGGGUGGUCUACGGCGCUUCAACGUCCGUGGAGGCGGUGGCGUCGCCGCUCAUGUGCCUGGUGCCAGGAUACAACAUCACUAAGACACUAUUUCUCAUCUGGAUGAUGUCGCCACAGACAAAGGGAGCGACGAUCGUGUACCAUAAGCUUCUGUGCCCCUUCCUAAAGGAGAAAGAGCCGUACGUGGAUCGCAAGCUGCUAGAGGCACAGGAGGCGGCUGAAAACUAUUGCUGA